CCCCUCUCCGCAGUCGGCACCGCGUGAGCCAAACCCUCCCAGCUCGCGCGCCCGCGAUGGAUGCCCCCGCCCCCGCCCCCGCCCCCGGACCUUUCUUCUCCGGCGCCGAGUCCACCGCGGCCGCCGCCCAGGCGUCCACGACCGGAGCCCAGCCGCCGCCGGUGGAUCCGCAGGCGCACGUGCCCGUGCAGGGCGCCGGCGCCGGGAGCGGCAGCGGCGUCGCGCGAGGCUGCCGGCACCACGCGUACAGCCGCAAGCAGAAGUCGCUCGGCCUUCUCUGCUCCAACUUCGUGGCGCUGUACGACCGGGAGGACGUGGAGGUGAUUGGGCUGGACGACGCGGCAAAGCGGCUCGGCGUCGAGCGCCGCCGGAUCUACGAUAUCGUCAACGUCCUCGAGAGCGUCGGGAUUCUUGUGCGGAGGGCCAAGAAUCGGUAUACAUGGCUCGGAUUCGGGGGAGUCCCUGCCGCGCUGAAAGAACUCAAGGAGAGGGCGUUAAGGGAGAUGUCUGGAUUACCGGUGUUACUGCCAAUGGAGGACUCCUCUACUGCCAACUUAUCAGAUGAUGAGGAUGAUGAAAAACUAGGCGAUGCUGAUGAAGAUGCUGAGAGCGAGAAGCUCAGCCAGUCUGUUGACAAUACGUCUGAUAAGCCUGAUGCACCCAGUUGCCGCCUUAGAUCUGAUCAUCGGAAGGAGAAGUCCCUUGGGCUCCUCACUCAGAAUUUUGUCAAGCUCUUCCUCACCAUGGAGGUUGAGACAAUCUCACUUGACGAAGCUGCAAAGCUUCUCCUUGGAGAGGGACAUGCAGAGAGCAACAUGAGAACAGCCAAAGUUCGUCGAUUGUAUGACAUUGCCAAUGUGCUGUCUUCUUUGAACCUCAUUGAGAAGACACAGCAAGCAGACACAAGAAAACCUGCGUUCCGGUGGCUAGGCCAGGCAAAGCGAAAGCAAGAGAACAAUGUCAUGGUUGCUCUACCUCCAUCCAGGAAGGCAAUGCCCAAUAAGAGAGCAUUUGGUACUGAUCUUACAAACAUGGACAAUAAGCGAGGCAAGUUAGACACUUCAGCGGAGAACAAAGUCAAGCUCAUGCAGGGUGCUGGCAACAUAGUGAAGACUUUUGAGAGGCAGCUGGGGCAAGGGAAAAGGAGUGACUUUGUUUAUGGGCCCUUCCACCCUGCUAGUGCAAAGAAACAGGAAACUGAUGAUCAAACCGUUAAGCAGCAGGAGAGGAAGACCAUUCAGGACUGGGAAAACCUUGCUGUGUCCUUCCGUCCACAAUAUCAGAAUCAAGCCCUGAACGAUCUGUUUGGCCAUUAUGUGGAAGCAUGGAAAUCAUGGUACUUGGACCUUACCCGGGAAACGAGAUCAUGAAGCAGGACGUUGGCAGAUCAGUUGUAACUUGUACGUCGAUUCCAGUAGGUAGAUCAACUCAGUUGUUGAUGCUUGCUUAGGGAAUCGCCCUUUACAAGAUGUAAUAAAAACUUGAAGGCGUUAUUGUCUUUCGAUUGUAUUUACUCAUGCUAGAAAUGAGGCCAUUUUUUCUAAGGAAAAAGGCAGCAAAAUUGAUCGAAUCGGCAAAUUGUUGCUGGUGGACAAUACAUAGUCGACGCCUAAGGUUACUAUUUCCUCGUUUCCACUAUCUGCCUCGUUGUAUAUCAUGCAGCGUAAGGAGUUGUUUGGUACGAGGAGCACCAA